AUGGCCUUGGUUCUAUGGAUAGUCUACAUUAAUAAUCUGGUAGUAGAUUUUGUGGUUUUUAAAAAUGAUUUGGAUAGUAUCACCAGUGUUCUGAGCAUUAGUGUCAAUAUAGUAGUGGCCUUUGUGCAAGUGAUUUCCCAAACGAUAGCCAUUCUUAAGCAUAAGUGUCUUAAAAUGAUUUCGAAAAGAAUAGCUCAAUUAGAACGUGAUAUAUUGCUAUACUUUCAAGAAUACCAAUGGCUGCAGGAUAAUGAUACGCUUAUUAAUUUCCAUCAUAGAUGUGAAAGAUUUUGCCGUUACAUAGGUCUACGUUUUGGCUUGUACUCCCUAGUAUUUGGUGUUUUAAUCAGCUUUAUGAACUAUCAUUUAGUGGCUUCCGUUAUGAAUGUCAGAGAUAAAGUUUUGACUAUACUUUGCACUUUAGCCAUACAAUUAAAGGCCGUGGAAUAUUGUAUAAUUGUACAGAUAAUCAAUGAAUUUCUUACAUGUUUGCAAGGUUCCCUAAAACGUCUAAAAUGGGAAAUUGCCAAGUGCCAGGAAAAACCGUUUAUGGCUGCAGUUUUUCAUGGAAAAUUAAUGGCCAAUCAAAUUCUUACGAAUCGUGUUUGGUUUCUGAUAACAGAUAUAGAAGAAUAUUUUGCUAUACCGAUGCUCAUUUUGUAUCUUUACAAUGGUAUCGCUAUUACUCAUACAAUAAAUUGGACGUAUGUACGUUCGUUUGACUAUUUAACUAGUGAUCUGGAUUGUGGAUUGUAUGAAAUUGAUUCGGAAGAAAUGUGGUCUCAACAGCAUACCGCUAUUAGCUUUUAUCGUUUGUACUAUAUAAUCUUAACAUUUGUCAAUAUGCUACUGCCCUGUUGGAUGACACAGCUAUGCAUAGACAAGUAUAAUCAAUUCGGCUCGAUAUUGCACAAUAUCAAAACGAUCGACGAUGUAGCUUUAAAUUAUCGUAUUCGCGAAUAUUCUUUACAACUUAAGCAACAGAAAAUGUUGUUUACCUGUUCGGGUUAUUUCAAUAUAAAUUUGAAAUAUUUUGGCUUGAUGAUAUUAUCGAUAUCUACUUAUGUGGCUAUAUUAAUACAAUUUAAAUUACAAAAGGAAACGGAAAAGGCAAAUAUUAGAUUGUAA